AUGGAUGACCACAUAUCUGAGCAUUUCGUCCCACCAAAGAUUAGUAUUUACGAUGGGACGACCAACGCUGAUGAUCAUGUGAAGGUGUUCACUACCCGGAUGGCAUUUCGGACCGGGGACUGGGCAAUCUGUUUUGGGGGCCUCAAAGCCAUGUACGGACAACAGUUUGCCAACUAUCGUUCCCAAGAUUUAAACAUCUUUGAAUUGUGUGUCCUCAAGAAAGGCAAGGACGAAACACUGAAAGCGUUCAUGGACCGCUACCAAAAAAUGGUUCAGCGAGUGAAGGGUCUCAACUCGGAGUUGGCUCUUCAGUAUGCCUUACCUGCGCUUAAACCGGGACCAUUUAAUGAAAGUGUUUGCCGGCGGGCGCCGAAGACUUUGGAGGAGUCGCGUGAACGGGCGGCAGACGAAAUAAGGGUGGAGGAAAUGAGGCAGUCCUACCGAAAGGAGAUCCAGGAAGCGAAGGAAAAAUCAGAGGACAGGAGCCAGGGGGAAAGUUUGGAAAGAUCGAGGGGUUCAGACUAA